AUGAUCAACAGCAAAGGAUUCCACAUGAAAAUCUCCGAUUCCAGCAACUUCACAGUGACGAACAUUACCGUAACUGCGCCUGGGGAUAGCCCUAACACGGAUGGGAUACAUAUAAGCGGAUCCGAUCUCGUCAGCGUUUCAAAGUCCGUCAUAGGAACCGGAGAUGACUGCAUCUCUAUAGGUGACGGCACUACAAAUCUCGCCGUCUCGGAGAUCACCUGUGGCCCUGGACACGGAAUUAGUAUUGGCAGCCUUGGCCAGCGCGAGAAUGAAGACAGUGUGAGGGGAGUUACGGUGACUAACUGUACACUUUCAAAUACGACGAAUGGUGCAAGGAUCAAAACCUGGCACGACUCGCCUGCAAUAGAAGCUUCCGGGAUUGUUUUCGAAGAUAUAGUGAUGAACGGUGUGAAAAACCCCAUCAUCAUAGAUCAGCAUUACGGUGCCAAGAACAAGCCAGGGGCAUCUAACGUGAAGGUCAGCGAUGUUCAUUACAAGAACAUCAGGGGAACCACAAUCACCAAUACUGUGGUUGCUCUGAAUUGCAGCGACGCGGUCCCCUGUGAGGGCAUUGAAGUGAUGGACGUUGAUUUCACCCUUGACGCCGCCGUCGCCGCCACUGCAAAGUAUCCCACUCUUUCCAACGCGUGCACGAAUGCUAAGGCGGUCUUCACCGGCAAACAGAACCCGCCGCCUUGCCUAUGA